AUGCAGCCCUGGCAGUGCCUCCGGCGCUUUGCCCUGGCCUGGUGGGAGAGGACCGCUGAGGGCAGCGCCCGAUCUCCUAGGGAGGAGGCUGGAUCGAGGGACCCCGGGGGCCGAGGGGAGCCAGGGCUCCAGCGUGCAGCGGGAGGGAAGGCUCCAGGACUCUGUUCCCUCUGUUUAAAGUCUCCAGAUCCGGAGCGGAGCAGCCCCCCCAUGCUGUCUGCGGACGAUGCCGAGUACCCGCGGGAGUACCGGACCCUGGGGGGCGGGAGCGGCGCGGGCGGCGGGGGCCGGCGCUUCUCCAACGUAGGGCUGGUGCACACGUCGGAGCGACGGCACACGGUGAUCGCAGCCCAGAGCCUGGAGGCGCUCAGCGGCCUCCAGAAGGCGGAUGCCGACCGCAAGCGCGAUGCCUUCAUGGACCACCUGAAGAACAAGUACCCGCAGCACGCCCUGGCCCUGCGGGGUCAGCCCGACAGGAUGCGCGAGCAGGUUGGCGGCUGGACCGUGGACCCCGUGUGCCUCCUCAGCUCCCUCUGCUCCCACCUCCAUGGCGACUCCGCCCCCUCCGGGGCUGGCCAGCCGGCCCAGCAGCCAAACUACUGGAGUUUCAAGACCCGCAGCUCGCGCCACACUCAGGGAGCCCAGCCCGGGCUGGCAGACCAGGCAGCCAAGCUGUCAUACGCCUCGGCUGAGUCGCUGGAGACCAUGUCGGAGGCGGAGCUGCCCCUGGGCUUCAGUAGGAUGAACCGCUUCCGACAGAGCCUGCCCCUCUCCCGCUCCGCCAGCCAGACCAAGCUGCGCUCGCCAGGGGUGCUGUUCCUGCAGUUCGGGGAGGAGACUCGGCGCGUGCACAUCACGCACGAGGUCAGCAGCCUGGACACGCUGCACGCGCUCAUCGCGCACAUGUUCCCGCAGAAGCUCACCAUGGGCAUGCUCAAGUCGCCCAACACCGCCAUCCUCAUCAAAGACGAGGCUCGCAACGUCUUCUACGAGCUGGAGGACGUCCGGGACAUCCAGGACCGAAGUAUUAUCAAGAUCUAUAGGAAGGAGCCUCUUUACGCCGCUUUCCCUGGCUCACACCUUACCAACGGGGACCUCCGGAGAGAGAUGGUGUAUGCUUCAAGAGAGUCAUCGCCCACACGGCGUCUCAACAACCUGUCGCCGGCGCCGCACAUGGCGUCCAGCUCUCCGCCCCCGGGCCUGCCGUCCGGGCUGCCGUCGGGGCUGCCGUCGGGGCUGCCGUCGGGGCUCCCGUCCGGGCUGCCGUCGGGGCUGCCGUCGGGGCUCCCGUCGGGGCUGCAGUCGGGCUCGCCGUCGCGCUCGCGCCUCUCCUACGCCGGGGGGCGCCCGCCCUCCUACGCUGGCAGUCCGGUGCACCACGCUGCCGAGCGGCUGGGGGGUGCCCCAGCCUCCCAGGGCGUCAGCCCCAGCCCCAGCGCCAUCCUGGAGCGGCGCGAUGUGAAGCCCGACGAGGACCUGGCAGGCAAGGCGGGCGGCAUGGUGCUGGUAAAGGGCGAGGGCCUCUACGCCGACCCCUACGGGUUGCUCCACGAGGGCCGUCUGAGCCUGGCCGCGGCUGCCGGUGACCCGUUCGCCUACCCGGGGGCCAGCGGACUCUACAAGCGCGGCUCGGUGCGCUCGCUCAGCACCUAUUCGGCUGCCGCGCUGCAGUCCGACCUGGAGGACUCGCUGUACAAGGCGGCGGGCGGUGGUCCGCUCUACGGAGACGGCUAUGGCUUCCGCCUGCCGCCCUCGUCGCCACAGAAGCUGGCCGAUGUGGCGGCACCCCCCGGAGGCCCCCAGCCUCCACACAGCCCCUACUCCGGGCCGCCCAGCCGCGGCUCGCCAGUGCGCCAGUCUUUCCGCAAAGACUCGGGCUCCUCGUCGGUCUUUGCAGAGAGCCCCGGAGGCAAGACACGCAGCACCGGGGGCUCCUCGACAGCCGGAGCUCCCCCUCCAGAGCUCUUCCCUGGGCCUGGGGAGCGCCCGCUGGUUGGGUUUGGGCCGCCGGUGCCAGCCAAGGACACGGAGACCAGGGAGCGCAUGGAGGCCAUGGAGAAGCAGAUUGCCAGUCUCACGGGCCUGGUACAGAGCGCCCUACUACGAGGCUCGGAGCCUGAGACCCCUAGUGAGAAGAUUGAAGGCUCCAAUGGAGCAGGCACCCCCUCAGCACCCUGCGGGUCCGGCAGCCGGAGCAGCGGGGCCACCCCAGUGUCCGGCGCUCCCCCGCCCUCAGCCGGCAGCACUCCUGCGGGGCAGCCCACGGCCAUUAGCCGUUUGCAGAUGCAGCUGCACUUGCGUGGCCUGCAGAACAGCACCAGUGACCUGCGUAGCCAACUUCAGCAAUUGCGAAAGCUCCAGCUACAAAACCUGGAGUCGCUGCGCGCGCUGCUGAAGGGCACGGAGGCGGAGCUGAGCAUGCGCGUGUCGGAGGCGGCGCGGCGGCAGGAGGACCCGCUGCAGCGGCAGCGCACCCUGGUGGAGGAAGAGCGGCUGCGCUAUCUCAACGACGAGGAGCUCAUUACCCAGCAGCUCAAUGACCUGGAGAAAUCAGUGGAGAAGAUCCAGCGGGAUGUAUCCCACAACCACCGGCUGGUGCCGGGCCCAGAGCUGGAGGAGAAGGCACUGGUACUGAAGCAGCUCGGGGAGACGCUGACCGAGCUCAAGGCUCACUUCCCAGGCCUGCAGAGCAAGAUGCGGGUGGUGCUGCGUGUGGAGGUGGAGGCCGUGAAGUUCCUGAAGGAGGAGCCACAGCGCCUGGACGGGCUUCUCAAGCGCUGUCGUGGGGUCACGGACAUGCUGGCCCAGAUCCGCAGGCAAGUGGACGAGGGUGUGUGGCCACCCCCCAACAGUCUCCUGAAUCAGUCCCCCAAGAAGGUGACCGCUGAGGCGGACUUCAACAAGAGCUUGGACUUCGAAAUGCCACCCCCCAGUCCUCCACUGAACCUCCACGAGCUGAGUGGGCCAGCCGAGGGAGCCCCUCCUACACCCAAGGGGGGCAACCCCACCAAAAGCUUGGAUGCUGCUGGCAAGAGAAGUGUGGACAAGGCUGUGUCUGUUGAGGCUGCGGAGCGGGACUGGGAGGAGAAGCGGGCCGCCCUGACCCAGUACAGCGCCAAGGACAUCAACCGGCUGCUGGAGGAGACCCAGGCAGAGCUGCUGAAGGCCAUCCCUGACCUGGACUGUGCGAGCAAGGCCCACCCAGGCCUGGCCCCCACCCCUGACCACAAGCCCCCCAAGGUCCCCCACGGCCAAAAGGCAGCCCCUCGGACGGAGCCCAGUGGAAGGAGGGGCUCAGAUGAGCUGACAGUGCCUCGGUACCGCACGGAGAAGCCCUCCAAGUCGCCCCCGCCGCCCCCGCCCCGCCGGAGCUUCCCUUCCUCCCACGGCCUCACCACCACCCGCACGGGAGAGGUGGUGGUCACCAGCAAAAAGGACUCAGCCUUCAUCAAGAAGGCGGAGUCCGAGGAGCUGGAGGUGCAGAAGCCCCAGGUGAAGCUGCGCCGAACCGUGUCCGAGGUGGCCCGCCCCGCCUCCACGCCGCCCAUCAUGGCCUCUGCCAUCAAAGAUGAGGACGAUGAGGACCGUAUCAUCGCGGAGCUAGAGGUGUUUGAGAGAAGCUCAGUGUCUUCCCUCCCCCCCACGCCCCGCCGCCAGCCGAUCCCCACCUUGCUGGCACCCCAGGACCUGGGGCCCCCUGGGGGCUCAGCCCAGGGCCCCACAUGGAAGGCUGCCCCAAGCCCCAGGGCCUUUUGUAUCCCCCGGAUCAUCUUGACAGAGUGUACCCCAAACCCUCCCUCCCCACCAGAGGCCAGGCCUGAGGAAGCUGGUCCCAGGACAACUCCCACCCCGCACCCCCGGACCCUGGCUGGCAGCGGGAGAGGCUGCGAUGGUGCCCAGGCCCUGCCAGAGGUUGUGGCCAAAGCUUCCCAGCCCAGGAGCCCCUUGCCACCUGAGAAGGAAGGGACAGUUCUGAAGAGAUGGGGGAUAGAGAGCUGCAGCCCAGUGGAAGGAGGAGCUGGGGCUCCCUGCCCUUGGGGACCAGCCCUUGACGGGACUCAGGAGCUCUCUACUGCUGACACCCAGCCUGAGAAGACCCCCAAGGACACCAGACAGGAUGCCCAAGCCGGCAGUGGGGAGCCCAGGGGCCAGCCUGCUGCAGGUCCAGGCUGCACAGUGAGAGGCGCCCCCACCCAGCGGAUGGACAGCCUGGAGGAGACUCUCCGGGAGCUAGAAGCCGCCCUGAGCCAGAUGGGCACUGCCCUCGCCGUGGGGCCCCCCGGCAGCCCCCCACCCCUGCCACCCGGUCCCCAGAGCGGUGGUGGCAGCGUGCCGCCCAUGAAGGUGGUGACUCCGGGGGCCUCUCGGCUGAAGGCAGUGCAGGGCCAGGCGGGCAGCCCAGACAAGGGCAAGCACGGCAAGCAGAGGGCGGAGUACAUGAGGAUCCAGGCUCAGCAGCAGGAGCAGCUGGAAGCUGGGAGAACCCUUGUAGAGGAUGCAGUCGGGCUUCCUGCCUUGGGCCAGAGGCUGGAUGCAGCCACUAAACCAUCUAAAGAGAUGAGCGGGUCAAAUGAGACCUCAAGCCCAGUCUCAGAAAAGCCCUCGGCUUCCAGAACCUCUAUCCCUGUAUUGACUUCCUUUGGGGCGAGGAAUUCUUCCAUCUCCUUCUAG